AUGGAGACAAGAGUUGAUGAUAUGGAACAAAGGGUGAUGGCUAUGGAACAGAGCAACGUGGGUUUGACGGGGCGAAUUGGAGGGUUAGAAAAUUCGGUGCAUCAGGUGAACUGUACCCUUACGGAGAUUUUAGCACGACUCAAUCAUAUGGGCGGAGGAAGAUCGAGGAGCCCUGGCAAACGCUCUACAACGGAGGGUGAGGAAGAAGUGAGAGGUGACCAAGUGGGUGGUGACAUGGACGGAAACGCUAGGGAAUACGAAAGGAGAAGGCGAGUAGAGGUUCCUUAUUUCUCUGGAGAUGAUCCUUAUGGCUGGCUGUACAGGGCCGAGCGAUUUUUUCGAAUCUAUAAGAUUCCUAUCGGCGAGCAAGUGGAGACCGCGUCGGGAUCGUUUGCGGAGUACCGUGAAAAGUUUGAGUUGCUUUCAGCCCCGUUGAGACACGCAGAUGAAGAUGUUAUGCAAGCUGCGUUCCUGAAUGGCCUCCGUGAAGAGAUUCGCGCGGAAAUCAGAUUGCAUAAUUUGAGGAACCUGGGCACGAUGAUGACGAUGGCUCAGCGUGUGGAGGAGAGAGAGGAGAUCAGGGGGAAAUUGGGUCAGGAGAGUGGGAGGUUUGGGCCAAAUGCUGGCAAUGGCCCACACUAUUCUAGGCCUGCUCUCCCUAGUCGUCAUUCGAGUUUCAAUGUGAGGAGCUCCACUAGUGGGCCAAACGUGACAAGCCCGUUAACUCAAAAUAAUGGCACCCAGGGUAGUGAAAGUGGGGCUUCCACUCCAAAUCUGAAUCAGGGCACGAGUGGGGUUGCGAACCCUAAUGAGGGCAACAACGGUACAAUCGGACGGAGCUCUAACGGCGGCAACGGUGGUCGCGCUCGCUUCCGACGGCUGUCACCGGAGGAGGUUGCGGAUAGACGACGCCGGAACACGUGUUUCAAGUGCGAUGGACCAUAUUCCUUCGAUCACGUGUGCCCCCAAGCUCAUUUGAAUGUUAUGAUGGUCGGAACGGGAGACACAGAGGACGUGGAACUCGAUUUGGGGAACGGAGAGUCGUCUGAAGAAAGGGUGAACCUUCAAUUGAGUCUCCACAGUAUUGCUGGGCUUACGUCCGGUAGAUCCUUGAAGUUGUGGGGGACGAUCGCGGGCAAGAGGGUUGUGGUGUUGAUUGACACAGAAGCCUCACACAAUUUCUUGGCACCACAUGUAGCUGACGAUCUGAAGCUUCUGGUGAACAAGACCGAAUCCCCCACGGUCACGGUGGGUGAUGGGAAUCAAGUACGUUGCAUGGGAACGUGUAAGGGAGUGUUAUUACAACUCCCAGGUAUGUCAAUAACUCAAGAUUUUUUCAUAUUUAACUUGGAGGGGGAGGAUGUCAUUCUGGGUUACACCUGGCUGGAGGGUUUGGGGGAGAUAAGGGCUAAUUUCCGCGAGCUUUUCUUGAGGGUGCCUUAUGGAUCAGAUAUUGUUGAGCUUCGAGGAGAUCCUCAAUUGUCCAGAGGGCUUAUUUCUUAUAAGAAGCUUAGUAAGACCAUGAAAAAAGGGUUGGAAAAUUAUUUAGUGGAUCUGAGGGUAGUGAGUACCAAUGUUGGCAAGGAGGAGGACUCUAUUGAGUUGACUUCAAGGGUCAUGCACCAAUUCCCUGAGGUGUUUAGGGAACGAACAGAUUUACCUCCGGAGAGAACCUGUGAUCACAGAAUCAUUCUGAAGGCAGGGGCCAGUGUUCCAAAUCUAAAGCCUUAUCGCUACCCUUAUUACCAAAAGGAGGAGUUGGAGAAAUUUUUCAGGGAAAUGUUGUUGGUGGGGUGGAUCCGACCCAGUACUAGCCCCUUUUCCAGUCCUAUGAUCUUAGUCAAGAAAAAAGACGGCAGCUGGAGAUUUUGUGUUGACUACCGGGCUUUGAACAGGGUGACCAUCCCUGAUAAAUUCCCAUUACCAGAGAUAGAUGAGUUGCUGGAUGAGUUAGAAGGAGCUUCGAUUUUUUCUAAGCUGGAUCUAAAGUCGGGAUAUAAUCAAAUCCGUAUGCGGAAAGAAGACAUUGAGAAGACGGCUUUUAGGACUCAUGAGGGCCAUUAUGAGUACCUUGUGAUGCCGUUUGGUUUGAGGAAUGCUCCUUCGACAUUCCAAUCCUUAAUGAAUGAGGUGUUCAAGCCAUUUCUCCGUAAGUUCGUCCUAGUCUUCUUUGAUGACAUUCUCAUAUACAGUGCGGAUGAAUCUUCUCAUUGGGCUCAGUUAUGUCAAGUGAUGGAGGUACUGCAAAAAAAUUGCUUUGUGGCAAAUUUCAAGAAGUGUAGUUUUGGAAGGAAGGAGUUGGAGUAUUUGGGCCAUGUGAUCUCCGGAACAGGGGUAAAGACAGAUUCUUCUAAGGUAGCUUCCAUUAAAGAUUGGCCGGUUCCUUUGUCCUUGAAAGGGUUAAGGGGAUUUUUGGGUCUUACCGGGUAUUAUAGACGCUUUGUGAAGAAUUAUGGUCAUUUAGCCAGCCCCCUGACUAGAUUACUUAAGAAAGACAGAUUUGCUUGGGAUGUGACAGCUCAAGGGGCAUUUGAUGAACUAAAGGCUGUGAUGAUGUCCCUGCCAGAAUUGGCAUUGCCUAAUUUUGAUGAGGAAUUCAUUGUGGAAACUGAUGCUUCAGGGGUAGGUAUGGGAGCGGUACUCAUGCAACAUGGUCGACCUAUUGCUUAUUUUAGUCAAGCAUUUUCUGAGAAGGAUAAAAUGCUCUCUGUUUACGAAAAGGAACUCAAGGCUAUUGUCUUUUCUAUACAAAAGUGGCGACAAUAUUUGCUGGGUCGUCAUUUCAUAGUAAGAACUGAUCAGAGGAGCUUAAAAUACCUCACUGAGCAGAGAGUGUUGAUAGAUGGACAACAUAAAUGGGUGGCAAAACUUAUGGGUUUUGACUUCGAGAUCCAAUACAAACCAGGUUUGGAGAAUAAGGUCGCGGAUGCACUAUCCCGUAUGAUGGAAUGCAAGGUUAUGUCCACACCUGUGAGUUCGGAUUUGCAGAAGCUUUCUGAUGAGGCUUUGGCAGAUGCUGGAAUUAAGAAGAUGAUCACUGAGAUCUUGAAUAACAGCUCUUCUCACCCGAGUUAUCAUGUGACGAAGAGUUGCUUGUGGUACAAGGACAG